GCGAGAAAGCAAGCGCGAGGCUGCAACCAAGCCAACAAAAGCAUUAACCACGGCCCAGGCACUCGGGGAGGAAGCGGGAGAGGAGCGGAGCUGCAGAGCGCACACGCACCCGACAACAGCAACCACAGGGCGCGCGAGAAAGCAGCGGACGGCGGAGCUACAGCCCCCCGGUUAAGCCAAAGGACCCCAUUCUGGUGGAGAAAACCCAGGGCAGAGAGGGUGAACAGCUGGUGCAAUGACAGGCAGAAACUGAAGAGCAUUUGGAGCCUUCUGUUCCUUCGCAGCUCUUUCCCUCUAGCUGAGAGCAUCAGACCCACCAAGAAACAUGCCUGAGCAAAGCAAUGAUUACAGGGUUGUUGUGUUUGGUGCUGGAGGAGUCGGCAAAAGCUCUUUGGUCUUGAGAUUUGUGAAGGGCACUUUCAGAGAGAGCUACAUCCCCACCAUUGAAGACACCUAUCGGCAGGUGAUCAGCUGUGAUAAGAGUAUAUGCACUUUGCAGAUAACUGACACUACCGGGAGCCAUCAAUUUCCAGCCAUGCAACGUCUUUCUAUUUCUAAAGGACACGCUUUCAUUUUGGUUUACUCAAUCACCAGCCGACAGUCCUUGGAAGAACUCAAACCCAUCUAUGAACAAAUAUGUCAGAUUAAAGGAGACGUAGAAAGCAUUCCGAUAAUGCUGGUGGGGAACAAAAAUGAUGAGAACCAAAAUCGAGAGGUGGAGAGCAGUGAAGGAGAAGCUAUGGCCAAGAAGUGGAAGUGUGCCUUUAUGGAGACCUCUGCCAAGCUGAACCAUAAUGUGAAGGAGUUAUUCCAAGAAUUGCUAAACCUAGAGAAACGCAGGACUGUGAGUUUACAGAUCGAUGGCAAAAAAAGCAAGCAGCAGAAAAGGAAAGAGAAGCUGAAAGGCAAAUGUGUGGUGAUGUGAAAUUGCACUGCCAUGAGUCAGUCACGCAGUCUCAUCUUUCUGACAGUAGCAGUGUGAAACCUAUAGAAAACAUUGAACCAUUCAAGACCCUAUUUAUUAGUAUCUGUUUUAAAGGAAAUAUUUGGAAUUUGAAAAAAUAUGUUACUGUGGUUACUAUUAAAGAGCCAACAAUUCAAACAUCAUUUGCUCCAGCUAUCAGUGAAAAAAAUAAAUAAAUAAAUUAAAAGGAUGUUAAAAACAAGAUAGGCCAGGAUACCUAGUUUUAUAAUUUAGAGAAGAAAACAAUUUCCAUCCUUAGUGGACUGUGGAAGAUUUGGGAAGUCAAAUUCAUAAUCUUUUUGUUUGUAUAAAACUGCAAUGGAAGGCAAUGUAUCUACGUAACAUGCUGUUAGAAGAAAAACCAACAAAUGCUCAUGAAGAAAUCUAGAAUGUAUAAAUGCAUGCUGGAUUAAGUUAUCAUAUCUUUAACGAAUGCUGUGGACAAACAAUUCUGUGCAAUUUUCAGUAGUGACUGCUGGGGCUGUGUGAAUAAAAAAGGUAAUCUCGGAUCUGUCAAAUACACGGACUAUUUUGCACUAAAGGGAAGUAUGGGAGUCGCACAGUUAAAUGGAGAUUCGCUCUACCUCCCACAGCAUGAGAUAUCCUUCUAGUCUGAUGCAGUGUUUGAAUGGAAGGAUGGGGAAAAAGCAGCCCCCUUAGGAGAGCUGGAGAUCAUCAUCUUUUCUGGACACAUCACUGCAAGAAUGACCUGCACUUCUGGCCCCAAGAUGUUUCAGAAGAGCAGAUGUUCGCCUUUGUCAGAGUGCAUGCAAACGGUGUGCGUAGGCAAACAGAAAACUGCCCCGGGGGACUUGCUGGGGACUCCCCUACAAAAGCCCCUACGGGAAAGGCUCUGUUCAAACACUGCUGAUGGGGACCCAGUGUGGUUAGUGACUGAACCGAAAGUGGUGGUGCUGCUGGAGGGCGGUCAGUGCAGUACCCAAAGUUUUUAGUCAAAUUACCAGAUUAGCCAAGUAAAAUUUCUUUACAUCACUAUA